CAGAAAUGAACGAAAAUAUAGAGAAUAAUUAUGGCAAAUUAGAAGUUAAAUUUGAUAAUUUAAAAAAAGAUAUUUCGGAUUUGAGAGAAUAUAAGGUAUUAAUCAAGCAAUAUACCGAAGGAAAGCAUAAAAAAUUUGAUACAAAAAGAAGUAUUAUUCAAGGAAAUAGAAGAAAUAUUUUCAAAAUCAAAUAAAUAUGUUAUUAUUAGCGGUUAUGCUGGUUCGUGUAAGACAACACUCGCAUCAAAAUAUGGGCAGGAACAAAAAGAUGAAAGUAAUAAAAUAGUUCGUUGGUUUAAUGCUGAAUCAAAAAUUUAGUUUGAAAUGAUUACAAAAAUAUGGCAACAAAAGCGCUUAGAGUAGGAAAUGAAAUAAAUGAAAGACAAAUUAUUAUAAAUUUGGUAAAUGAUAGACUUGACGUAUUAGGAUUAAAUAUUCUAUUUAUAUUUGAUAAUGCAAGAGAAGCUGCUGAUAUUAAUGAAUUAAUAAUACAUUUACCAAACAAUGUUUAAACAAUCAUAACAAUAAAAAAUAAUAAUUUGAAAGAUAAUUUUAAGUUUGGCAACGAAUCAAAUUUAGAAAUGAAACCAUUUAUUAAAAGUGAAUGCAUUGAAUAUAUAAAAACGUUGGAUAAAAAAGAGAAAGUUUAGUCAAUUUCAAGCAGAAAAACUAAUUGAUCUGAUAAAAACCAAUGAAAAAGAAGUGUAUGCAUCUAAAUUAUCAAAAGUGAUGGCUUUACUACAAAAGAAAAGUUCAUGGACGACAGAAAAUUAUAAAGAAAAAAUAAAAGAACAUGGAGAGAUAGAAGCACAAGAUUAUUUGCUUAAAGAGCUAAUAAAUGAAUCACUCAAUGCAUACUGCAGCAUUGCGUUUAUUUAGAUGAAUUUUAUAAGCAUGAUAUACUCAAAGAAAUAUUAUCAAAAGAAAAAAGUAAUAAUGAAAUUGAUAUCGAUAACGAAAAAGAAGCACUAGAAGAUCUAUCAUUAGUAAAUCAGAUUCAGUUAGAAAAUGAGAAAGAACCUGUAAUAGGAAUGAAAAUACAUUCGAUAAUAAAAGAUAUAAUUGAAAAAUAUAUAGAUAAAGAAACGAAUACUGAAAAGUGCAUACAAAACAAGAAGAUAUUAGAAAAGCUAGCUAAAGUAGUCGAUCUUAAAAUGCCAGAAAUUGAUGAUUUGCCGUACGACGAUUGGAAUAAAUCAGAAAUAUAUUAUAAAAAUGCACAUAAACUGAUUAAUUUGAAUUUAGUACAAGAAAUCAAAGACAAUGAAAAUUUAGCUCAUUUACAUUUAAAAAUAGCACUAUAUGAUGAAAAUAAAUUAUGUAGUUUCGAAAACUUAAUAAAAUAUUAUGAAAAUAAUUUGAAAAUAUCAAAAACAUUAUAUGAAGGUAGUCAUCCAGAUGUUGCAAGCUCAUUGAAUAAUGUUGGAUCAAGUUAUGAUAAAUUAGGAGUUGCACAAAAAAGAUUAGAAUAUAGAGUACCAGCAUUAGAAAUGCAUAGGUUGCAGGAUACAAAUACAUUCUGUAUUCGUUUUUCUGUUUUAUGUAUUGGAAGCAGAAUACGUAAAACUUGA